AAAGGUUUCAUCUCAUUGCAAAUCUUUGGUCUGAACUAGGCUUAAAACAAAAUUAUAUGCUUUUUCUAAAUAAGCUAUAAAAAAUAUGAAUACACUAUUAAAAAAAACCUAUUCAAUUAAAUGAUUAAUUUCUUACUGUCUUUGAUAUUUUUGUCAGAUAUGCAUGAAUAAUGCAUGAAUAAUUUAGUGCAUGAAUUAGUCUGCACUGAGGCCCGUCCAAACUUCUUUACGCCACUGGAACUAAUCAUCCGACCAGAUAUCACUGCGCAUGUGUUGUAUCCAACAUGACGCCGUUAUUUCCCGUCUUUUUCACCGCCUUGACAGACAGGAGGAAAUAUUGGUCGACGCUCCUGGCUGUGUGCUGUCUUUAACCUCACUUAUAGAAAAAUGGCUUCCCGACCAGAGGAGGAUCUCUCCUGUCCUGUCUGCCAUGAAAUCUUUAAAGAUCCUGUUGUCCUGUCAUGUAGCCACAGCUUCUGUAAAGACUGUGUGCAGAGCUGGUGGAGGGGGAGACCAACACGUGAGUGUCCGGUUUGUAAGAGAAGGUCAUCGAAGGAAGAACCACCCAUUAGUUUGGCGUUAAAGAACCUGUGUGAGGCCUUUUUACUGGAGAGAGAUCAGGGAGGUUCAGAGACUCUCUGCAGUCUGCACUCUGAGAAACUCAAACUCUUCUGUCUGGACCAUCAGCAGCCAGUGUGUCUCGUCUGCAGAGAUUCAAAAACACACAACAACCACAGAUUCAGACCCAUCGAUGAAGCUGCACAGGAUCACAAAGAGGAGCUGCAGAAAUCUCUGAAGCCCUUACAGCAGAAACUGAAGCUGUUUGAACAAGUUAAAGGGAACUGUGACCAAACAGCAGAACACAUUAAGGUUCAGACCCGACACACAGAGAGGCUGAUUAAGGAGCAGUUUAAGAAGCUUCACCAGUUUCUACAAGAGGAAGAGGAGGCCAGGAUCUCUGCUCUGAGGGAUGAAGAGGGGCAGAAGAGUCAGAUGAUGAAGGAGAAGAUUGAGGCUCUGAGCAGAGAGAUAGCAGCUCUUUCAGACACAAUCAGAACCACAGAGGAGGAGCUGAGAGCUGAAGACGUCUCAUUCCUGCAGAACUACAAGGCUGCAGUGGAAAGAGUCCAGCAGCGCCCCCUGCUGGAUGAUCCACAGCUGGUCUCAGGAGCUCUCAUAGAUGAGGCCAAACACCUGGGCAACCUGAUCUUCAACAUCUGGAACAAGAUGAAGGACAUGGUCUCCUACACUCCUGUGAUUCUGGAUCCAAACACUGCUUAUCCAGAACUCAUCCUGUCUGAAGAUCUGACCAGUGUGAGAUUUGGAGCGAAACAGAAGCUUCCUGACAAUCCAGAGAGGUAUGAUCAUUAUCGUGUUCUCCUGGGCUCAGAGGGCUUUAACUCUGGCAUUCACAGCUGGGAUGUUGAGGCUAUAAAUGACAAAUUCUGGGGCCUAGGUGUGAUAAAGGAGUCUGUUCGAAAGAAGGGAGAAAUGGUGAGUGGAUACUGGGAAAUUUAUUUCUCUGGUGGAAAAUGCGAAGCAGCCUCUCCACCACUGUUUACUAAGGUUCUCUCAGUCAACAAGAAGCUCCAGAGGGUCAGAGUUCAUUUGGACUUUGACAAAGGGAAACUGUCAUUCUAUGAUCUUGAUACUAACACACACAUACACACCUUCAAACACACAUUCACUGAGAGGGUGUUCCCACACUUUGGCACACUGAAUGAAUCCCCACUGAAGAUAUUACCUGUGAAGGUCUGUGUCACACAGCCCAUGGCAUAAUUUUUUUUAAAUGUAGCAUGCUGUACGUGAAUGAACAGAGGGGUGUCAGUGUUUCAGGAACAUAAGGACCAUGUUGUUGGGACAAUCUGAGCUAGUUAGGAAAUUAUUGAUUAUUGAUUGGGUUAAAUGAAAAAAAGGCUAAUUUUCAUGAAUGUUGUCACUGGAGUUGCUUUUGUUUUUCUGAUUUCCAAGAAGACUGUGAUAAUAAUACUUGUGGAGGAGACAGAAUGAUUAUGAUUAAGUUCUAUGUUGAUAUUAAGGUUACAAUAGGCAAAAUGCUUGAAGUAUGCAUAUCCUAGAGCUCAUUCAAUACGAAAUAUAUAUAUAUAUAUAUAUAUAUAUACACACACACACACAUAUAUAUAUAUGUAUAUAUGUAUAUAUGUCUUCAAUUUUGGAAGUAAUGAAUUGUGACCAAUAUAUGGCAAAACACAAGUAAAUUGAAUUGAUCAAGGUGACUCCAAAUACAUCUUGAUUUGAAAAUACUAUUUGAUACAUAGGUAAACCUUUUUAAACCUGUGCUUUCAAUAAUCCCUCUGUCUACCAAAAAGGUCUUUGAAUGCAAUAGGUUCUUAAUAGAAACAUUAGUUUUACAAAUAGCUCUUAAGGCCCUGACACACCCAGCCGACAGUCGGCUAUUGGUCAAUGUUGGGACGUUGCCCCUCAUUGGCUUUUUAAAAAAAAUUUUAUUUGACCGAUUCAACAUGUCGAAUCAGUGAUGGAGGAGUGUUGCUGCUAAUUGACCUUUCAUUAAGCCCCGCCCCUUUGUGAUGGUCCAACAAGCUGUCAGAGUAAACAUGGAGCAUGGAGUUAGAAGCUAAAGCCGAACUAUAGGCUACAGAUCACAGUGUAAAAAUGAACCACCACAUCACUGCUGAUCGUCACAGAAGACAAUGAAUAUAAAGGGAAACCUUGCUGAUAUUGAACCAGCUGUGUGUCAUCUGCGCACAAUGUGAUGACACACAGCUGGUUGAAUAUCAGCAAAGUUUCCCUGCUUCCCUUCACUGGUUCCUGUACAGCAGGGUCGGUCUUUGUUUCACUGUUACAAUCAUUAAAAAGCAGAAGCAUAUGUAUAUGUAUGUCUACGUAUAUGUAUGUUUCCCUCUUUGAAUGACGAUUACAGACGACUGUCGUCUGCUGAUGUAGAGUGUUAUUUCCUCUCACGCAGGCGCAGAACAUACGUGCUUGUUGACUGUCAGCUGUAGUCUCUGCAGUGUGUGCAUGCACAACAUUUUGGCCAAGACACAGGCGACGUGAGGCAAUGCAACAGUUGGCUUUCGUUGCUGCUAGUAUUUUGAAGUCGGUUUGGUGUGCCUGGGUCUUCAAAGAAUCCUUUCUUCUAAAGAGAGUUCUCUAAGGCAAACGGUUCUGGUUAGAACCUGAGCUCUUCAAGAAGAACCCUUUUUUCUAAGAGUGUAUAAAUUCUGUCAUAAUGGAGACACUGUCUUUGAAUUAUUUUAAUCGUGACUUAAAACACAUAUUAAUACAACUGUGAUUUUUGUUUUGUUUGUUUGUUUUAAUCUUUGAUUUAUCAUUUACUUUAAUUGUCUUUUUUUGGGUGGAGGAAUAUGGAAUCAGAUUAAAAUGUGUCCAGAGAUUUUGAGCAAAAAUUGAAACAUUUUGAGAAUAAAGUCAAGCAAGAAAAAGUCAGAAUGUGUGGACAUUGAAAUCAUUAUAUUUCAAAAAAUAAUUUCAUCAUUUAUUACUUAUUUUAUUAUUAAUAUUUUGAGAAUAAAGUCCCACCAUUAAUAAAAUAAGGUCAUAUUACAAAGAAAAAGCCAUCAUGUUUAGCAAAAAAAAGGUCUCAAAUAUUUCUAAAAUUAAGUUGUAAUAUUACGAUGUGUUGCUUAUAUGCCACCAAAGAAAAGUAGAGAAGCUGAGAGUAUCUUUGGUUGUUGAGAAUAUUUUUGUGGCCUGUUACAUUUAGAUCACAUCCUAAAUUAUCUUAAAGUAAAUAUUUGCUCAUGUUUAGUUUUGUGUCAAACAUUGUUUUCUGAUGAUCAGAUUAUUGUCUCAUCUUGAGAUAACGACUGUCUGCAAUUCAUGAUCUUCAUAAAAAAGGUUUCAUAACUAGUUUUUUUAUCUCAGCUUCGACAGAAUAAAAACAUUACAGAGGAGAUGAGACAACAAUUGAAAGAGGAUAAAGACUGAGGUACAAGAUGACUUUAUGAGGACCAUUUCCUCUCAAAAAAAAAACAACUAACACGACAUAAAAUCAUUUUACUCUUAUAAUCUUAUAAACUGUUGGCUAUUUUUAAAAUAAAACUCACAAAUAACUGCUGUAACCAGAUCAGCAGAUAUCUUAAUAAUAACGCUCUGAAAACACUGGAUCCUACAUUUCUCACAAUGCAACUCUAUAGCAUCUUUAUAAGAAGCUCCCUGCUUGGUAAACUUGAGCAACUUUCACACUCCACACCUCCAGUUUGUAACUUAGACUUUAUGUUAUACGUUUGUAGUCUCCAAAUUAAACCUGAGAUUACCCUGAUGACAUCACUACAAUGUCAUCAGGGUUAUUUUCUUCUCCAGAGUCACGGACGACAUCAUGCAAUUGUUUUCAGAGUACUACAGUGUAGAGUAAAAAUAUUAGUCGCCUUACAGCAAGGUUUGAACCCAGGGUGGGGGAGCCCUUCUGUGUGGACUUUGCAUUUUCUCCCCGUGUCACUCCGACUUCCUCUCACAGUCCAAAGACAUGCAGGUUAAUUGGUGACUCUAAAUUGUCCGUAUGGGUGAAUGUGAGUUGCCUGUCUCUAUGUGUCAGCCGUGUGAUAGUCUAGUGACCUGUCCAGGGUGUACCCUGCCUCUCACCCACCCAAUGUCAGAUGGGAUAGGCUCCAGCCCCCCCGUGACCCCCAACAGGAUAAGCGGUUACAGAAAAGACACUUCAACAUAAAGAAAACGAGACGAGGUGUGAAUGUGGUCAGUAGAUUAUAUUAUUCUCUUUAAAAAAAGACUUCAUUACAAGAAUUGACUUCAUUCAUUUAGACCCAGUCAAAGUCUUCACAUACUGUAUCACUAACUGCAUAACAACAUGGAACCACUGCUCAGAGAUCAGCUCUGAGUGUCUGGACAGACAGACAGACAGACAUCACCUGCUGCACGUGUUCACGGUCAGUAACGAUAAGUCAAUCGUCGGACAUCUGAGCUACUGAGGUGACACAAACAUGGACACCUGUGGUGACACAGGAAGCUCCAGAAACAUCCAACUCUUGAGAUUUAAUAAUUGAUUUUACUGCAUCAGGUGGAUUUAACACUGACCUUGUUGAAUGUUACAAUAACACAACAAGGAUGACAGAUAUCAAGAGGCGAGGUUAAUCUAUCCCCUUUAUUUGAGCAGGAGGAGCGAAAUCCGUCUCAGGCUCUUCCCUCUAUGUUCAUUAAUAUACCCAGUGCAAAACGUCUGGUGUUAAAUUCUACAAAAUGACUCACUCUGCCGGCCCAACGUUUUGGUGAAGAGCGAGAUGUCUUAGCAGCUAUCAGACUGAUUGACAUGAAAUUUGAUUCAGAAAUUCCUGGUCCCCAAAAGGAUAAAUCCUGAUGAUUUUGACUUUUCAUCCAGCGUCACUAACAAGACAGUUGUCUUCCAUCAGAUUCAGCUUGAAAUGAAUGCUAACACAACAUGCUAAACGCUGGCAUGUUUAUCACCUUUCAAUUAUGAGCUUUAACCAUAAAGAGGUAGCACGAGGGUCAGUUCUACCUAGCAUGCUAACAGGCUAAACAUUACAUGGUAUCAUUAGCAUGCUAACAUGCUAUCUGUAGCUAACUGAUUAACAGUUGAGGAUGACAAAGUACAGCCGGGACUAAUGAAAGCUGAGCUGAGUUUCACAAGCUGAGUUAGAAAUGUCCUGAGAUGGCCACCGUACAGAGAAUAUACACUUUACAUUUAGGGAACAACAUGACCCUGAAGGGACAGUUUACCCCCAGAAUUAAAAAUACAUAUUUCUCCUCUUAACCCGAGGUGCUAUUUAUCAGUCUAGAUUGUUGGAGAUAUCAGCUGCAGAGAUGUCUGCGUUCUCGCCAAUAUAAUGGAGCUAGAUGACACUCGGCUUGUGGUGCUCAAAGCACCGUAAAAAAUACAUCUGAAAAA